UUGUUAAUACUGACCUUUUCGUAAUAAACAAAGGACAUUUUUCAGGGAAACGUGUGAAAACAACAUUACCCACAAUCCCCGCUGACGUAACAAGCCAGAGGUUAAAGGGCGACGACAAGUCAGAAGCGUUUUCUUUGCCGGUUAGUGCCUGAAAUAACCGAGAAACUCUGUUCCCUGUGGUUUAAAACACACGUUCGUAUUUAUCUGAAAAUGGCGUCAGGUGGAUCAGCGGUGAUUUCAGCUCCAGAGGAGGAGACACAUGGUGGGACUCACCUGACAGACUCACCUGGAGCAGAGGACUCACCUGGAGCAGAGGCAGAAGUUCCAGCUGACAACCAAAAACCCUCAGGAGAUUCUGCUGAAGUCGACGUGGACGGAGUUAAAGUCUGCCAGUUUUUCCUGAUGGGAAAAUGUCGUUUUGGACAGAGAUGUCGUUUAUCUCACAGCGAGCCGCCGGCCGAUGAUUCAGGAGCUGCGUGUCACGACUCGGACGACAAACAGGACGCAGAAAAACACAAGAAGAAGAAAGGCGGCGCCAACAAAGCAGCGAAGCCGAAACACAGCGAGAGGAGAGAGGUGAAUAAAAAGCCUCGGAUGCGGACGGCCGACGACGUCAUCUCCAGGAUCCUUUGGGACCCGUCGGUGGAGGCCUCAGACUUCGUGGUCGGCUACGUGGAUCGGUUCCUCGGCGUUCUGGAGCGUCCGUUCUCCGAGUUCAACUGGGACACCGACCCCUGCGACUGCGACUACGCCUCCGAGCUGGCCCUGCCCCGACACCGGAUCCAGUACUUCACCUACAGGGGCCACCGGGUCUGGGACCGCCACACCAGGACCGACCGGGUCUUCGGCUCCACCGGGCAGCCUGUGGCGCCCCCCUUUGGACGGGAGGAGGAGGCGGCGGAGCAAAUGGAGUGUGAGGAUCCAGAAGAAGCAGAGCAGCUUCCACCUGAGCAGGACGGAGGAGAAACUGAGACUGAUCCCAAACAUCUGGAGGAGGACGAGAAGAACGAGACCAACGUUCAGCCUCAAGAAUCAGCUGCAGACAGACUUCAGGCUUCAGAGGAAGACGAGGAAACUCCGGCUGAAUGGGAGGAAAACUGGGAAAACAACGGAGACUCUGAGAAUCCUUCAGUCCCUCUGGAGAAGCGAGGCGGCCGUCCUCCUAAAAAGCGUCCGACCCACUUCGUGUGUUUCCGGGCCAACACUCCGUCCAUCCUGUCGUGUUUCCAGCAGCUCCAGGAGGACGUGGUGGCUCUGCUGCCUGACAGCGCCCCCUACUGGCGGCCGGCCUCCAGCCUCCACGUCACCCUCUGCCUGCUGGUGCUCCGCGGCCCGGACCAGGUGGCCUCUGCUGGGGAGAUCCUGCGGCGCUUCGCCCAGCUGGACCGGAACCCUCCGGUGUCGGUGACGUUCCCGGUGAAGCUGAAGCACUUCAGCGGGCGGGUUCUCUACCUGAGCCCCCAGCCUCAGCUCCACCUGCAGCAGCUGAACGCCGGCCUGCAGGACGCCUUCAGGACGGACGGCCUGCUGCACCGCGACUCCUUCAACCCCCGCUACCACCUCACCCUGGCCAAGCUGGACCGGCCCGACGCCGACCGGCUGUUCGAGGGCGUCGCCGACCUGAAGGCCGGGAAGAGUCUGAACUUCGGCCGGCUGCCGGUCAACACCUUACACCUGUGUGAGAUGGGCGGAGCCAACGUGGACGGCUUCUACCGGACGCUGUGCACCGUCUCUCUGAGAUGAGGACGGACGGUUACAUGAAACACUACUCUGCAGGUCAACCAGGACAGCAUCACUUACAGCUGCAAGAAGAAGUCUGUGAAGCCUUCGGGAUCCGUUGGAUUUCUGCAGAAGUUGGCCCUAAAAUGUUCUGAUGUUCAUCUAAGAUCAACAGACAAACACAGUCUGCUGAAGACGGACAGAAAUGUCUGGCACAUGCUAACAUUUCUGUCCAAAGUUUGUCCAAAAUGACUCAAAACUUAUUCAGAAUGACAGAAAAUUCAUCCAAAGUGAUUUAAAAUUGGUCCAAAAGGAGCCAAGACGUGACAAAUGACUGAAAACUGUCAAGAAUGACCCAAACAUUGUUCAAAGUGACAAAAAAAGUCUAAAAUGACUUAAAAUUCUUCCAAAAUGACUCAAAACUUAUUAAGAAUGACCCUAACCAGCGCAGAAUGUACAAAUUGACUCAAAAAUUGUCCAAAAAGACAAAAAAAACACCUAAAACGACUCGAAACUUACUCAGAACAACCCCAAAAUUGUCCGUUUUUAAAUUAUGCAAAAUGACUCAAACUUUGUUGAGAAUGACCCAGAAAUCGUCCAGAAUGACAAAAAAGAUCAUUUUUAGCAGACGGUGUUUGUCUGUUGAUCUGAGAUGAAGAUCAGAACAUUUUAGGACCAGUUCCUGCAGAAAUCUCAAAGAAUUCAGACUUUUUAUUGUCCCUGUAUAAACUGACUGGUUUCUGUUGGUUACAGCUCAUUCUGCUCACUUUCCUCAACAAACCUACAAGAAACAUAGAAACGUAUUUUUAAGGGGCUCAGAAUGAUUGAAAACAUUCAGAGUUUGGAAAAAAAAAAAACCUGGUGUUUUUCAGUCAAACACAUUUUAACCCUUUUUAGACCUUUUUUAACGAUGCUCUGGGGCUGCAGGUUUUAUGGGUUCAACAUCAGACUUUAUUUUAGGGCUGGUCCCAAUACUGGUUUCUGGCCUCCGAAUAUUCAGGCCCUAUUAAAGACGAAUAUCCGAAUAUUCAUUCCACCCCGUAAUGUCCGAAGGGGGGGUGGGGGUUGUGGCGGAGACGGCCCGAAUAUUCGGAUCCGUUCGUCUGGUCUCCCGGGUCCAAAUUCUGCCUUCGUUUGUCUUCAGUUAAACUGAAGAAUUCCCAAACAGCGGAGGUCUUCAGCAUCUUAUCUUGUGUUUAUGCAAAGAAGUGAAGCGUGACGUCAGAGUCUGCAGCAACCCGGCCAUUCAGGUGGUGGUAAGAAACAGGAAUGGAGGAGCAGAGAUGAGCCGAACACGACGGGAUGAGGAGAUAUGGGCCGAAGGCGAAGGGAAGAGACGAGCUCCAAAUAUUUUCGUCUGAGGGGAGGAAGGAGUGAUCACAGAGACAUAUGUGUAUAUGUUUAUGUGAUCACAGGACGAGAUGAGCCGAUAUGAGCCGAUGUGGGCCGAAGGCGGAGGGAAGACAGUAACGCUGCUUAUUCUUUCUGCCCGGUAACGUCUGACGGGGGCGAGCGAAUAUUCGGAUACCAAAAUUAAUAUCUGGAUACCGCCGUAGCGAACGGAUAUUCGGGUCAAGCCCGUACUUUAUUUUAUGUUUUAUUUUUGCCUUUUUUCCCAUAAAGUGUCUUACCGUGAAUUAUUUCUAUUAUUAUUAUUGUUAUUUCCCAUCGCUAAAGAAAUGUGUCCAACAGAAGAUCAUUCAAUCCGAUUUAAAAUUUUGCCGCUCUGAGCUCCUGAAUGUUGUAAAUUAUAGAAAAUGAUGUGGUAGAGUGUGUUUUCGUCACAGAUAUUUAAGUUUAAACGCGUUUUCCAGAAUGACCCCACAUGAGGAAGCUUCAAAACGGCUUUUUUGUUGUUUUUUUCACAUUCAUUUUAUUUUCUCUUCCCCAGAAAAUCAGCCCGCUCAUUCUUCAGAUCCAGAUGAAGAAAAAAAGGGAAACAUUUAAAUAUAUAUAUUUUAUAUUUUUUUUCCCAAAAAAUUUUAUAUAUAUAAACCCAGCUAUAGACAAAAGGAGCAAAAAAGACGAAAAUUAUAUAUGUGUAUAAAAAAUAAAUAACAAUAAUAAAAGUGAAAUCGAUCUGAUGUUUUUGUGCAUCAGUGGUUUUCAGGUUAAACUCAUUCGUUCUUUCUAAAUGAAGUUCUUCUCAAAGUUUCUGCUUUUUUUUUUCCAGCGUAUUUUGCAGAAAAAGUCGUUUUUCUCCAACACGGUGUCGUCCUGUUUUCUACCAAAGCUGCUGCUGGGUUUGAAGUUUCUAAGUUAUUAAGUCACUUUUUUAAAAAUCUGUUUUUAUUUAAGGGCUUAAAGGUGUAAAAUGAAGAUUGUUUGUUUACGACUUGUUAUAACUCUAAUAUGAUGACAGUUAAAUGUAUUUUAAUGCAUUUCAAACAGUUUCAUUCUGUUUUUAUUCAUAUUUUGACAUAAUAAAGGGAAUUGACAGCUAAAAUGAUCAUAUUUUUCAAUAUUGGGUGAGGUUGUGCAGCAUUAGCUGAGCUGCUACACGAAUAAAUUAGUUGAUUAAUCA